CCCCCCACACCCACCGAUUCCCUUCUAUCUCCCGUGUCACACCGUGACACAAAGACCAAACCACCGAUCAUUUCCACCCGACGCUUCCACCACCCGAAUCCAGCCAGCCAGCCAGCCAGCCAGGCGAAGCUGCGAGGAUGUACCGAGAUCCCAACCCCUUCGACGAGGGCGCCGACGACAACGCCUUCUCCAAUGGGGGAGGACGCGGUGGUGCUGGUGGUGGCGGCGGCGGCGGCAAGUCGCAGUUCCAGUUUCGCCCGACGGAGCCCGUCGGAUUCGGCGCCGGCGGCAACGGGGACGCCGCCGUCGACAUCCCCCUUGACAACAUGAACGGUUCGAAUGGCAAGGAAAGUGAGCUCUCACAGUGGCAGGCAGAUCUCAAGAGGCGAGAGGCGGACAUCAAGAGGAGGGAGGAAGCUCUCAAGAGCGCUGGGGUGCCCAUGGAGGACAAGAACUGGCCCCCGUUCUUCCCGAUCAUCCACCACGACAUUGCCAAUGAAAUACCAGCCAACGCGCAGCGGUUGCAGUAUCUUGCUUUUGCUAGCUGGCUCGGCAUCGUGCUUUGCCUCGUUUGGAAUUUCAUUGCUGUCACAGUCUGUUGGAUCAGAGGGGGAGACUCUAAACUGUUUUUCCUGGCUACUAUUUAUGGUAUGCUUGGAGUACCUUUGUCCUACUUGAUGUGGUAUAGGCCUCUGUACCGUGCAAUGAGAACUGACAGCGCAUUCAGCUUUGGGUGGUUUUUCCUUUGUUACAUGCUCCACAUUGGCUUUUGUAUAAUUGCUGCCAUUGCUCCGCCAAUCGUAUUUCGUGGGAAGUCAUUAACGGGUAUACUGGCUGCAAUCGAUACCUUCUCUGAUCAUGCAUUAGUUGGGAUACUUUACUUUGUCGGAUUUGCCUUGUUUUCAUUGGAGACAGUUGUGAGCAUUUGGGUUCUUCAGAGAGUAUACAUGUAUUUCAGAGGGCACAAGUGAAGCGGGCAAUGGAAGAAAGUACAGAAGUCCACCGGUGUCAUCGGAGCGUGCUGCGGUUCUGUGCAUACAUAUGAGUACAUGCCAUUCUUUGUAUGUUAUGGUAGUUAUGGGAAUAAUUUGCCUCAGAAAUUCAGAAGUUUGUUUAUUUGUUGGAAGAGAGUAGAAGUGUAACAACCGUUGUAUUAGUGUUAUCUCUGGAACUACCUGUUGUUUAAAGCCUUGGAUCUUACCCAUAUAAACUUGCAUGUUGUUUGAAGCCUAGCAUUUUUGUUCGCUA